CCGCCCACUCCCACUCAUGUACAUGCUUACAUGUAGAGUGUACAUGAGUAGUGUAGACCAGCAGCUCGGAUGAGAGCUCCGGCAGGACCUGCUGUCUGGACUUUUUGCUUUGUCUCGCACUUGUUUUCCGGAUUGUUGAGGAGUUCAGGAGCCACCGUUGGGAUGAAAGUGUGUCCAGAAAUGUGACAUGACUGUGGACAAAGAUUAAAAACAGGAGUGGCUGCUGUGGUUGUUACUCAAUAUUUGGAGAGUCAACCAUUAGGACCAGAGCUGGGGGGACUGUGGGACUGCUAGACUCUUAAAGGUUUCGGGUGGGUUUUCCAAAUCUCACCUCUCAGUCUUUGUCACUGUUCCUCCAUCAGCGGCAGCAGCGAUGGACCUGACCCUGUGGCAGUACCAGUUCCGGAUCAUCAUGCUGGGGGACUCCACAGUGGGCAAGUCGUCCCUGCUGAAGCGCUACACUGAGGACAUCUUCCUGGAAUCCAUCAACCAGACGGUGGGUGUGGACUUUUACGUCCACUUCCUGGAGGUGGAGCCGGGCGUCCGUGUGAAGCUGCAGUUCUGGGACACGGCCGGACAGGAGAGGUUCAGGUCAGUGACCCGCUCCUAUUACCGCAACUCGGUGGGAGGCAUGCUGGUGUUCGACCUGACGCAGAGAUCCACCUUUGACCACAUCAAGGACUGGCACGCCGAGGUGUGCGAGCGGGUGCAGCCGCACAAGGUUGUCUUCGCCCUGGUGGGACAGAAGAGCGACAGGGACGCUCACGACGAGAGGGCGGUGAGCCGAGAGGAGGCCGAGAGACUGGCCGGACAGCUGGGCGUGCCCUACAUGGAGGCCUCCGCCAAGACGGGCCACAACGUCAGGGAGUCCUUCGAGCUGAUAGCCCGUCGGGUCUAUCAGGGUCUUCUGAGCGGAGAGGUGCAGCUGCUGGAGGGCUGGGACGGAGUGAAGUGUGCCAACACACAGACGCUGCACAUGCAGAGAGCCGGUCUGUCUCAGCCCAGCUCCGCGUCCAAGAACAAGAAGAAGUGCUGUGAUUAGACUCUGGACCGACAUUUGUCUCCGCGCCUGGACGGUGAUAUUCUCUGUGGCUGUACGAGGGUCCGACAUAUUCACAUUCUGGUUUCUGUGAUAUCUAAAGAAUACGUUUGCUUUAUCUCACUCUUAGUCUGCCUUUUCUGACUUUGACAUGUUUUACAAACUGUUUGUUCCUCAGGCCAAAUUCCACGGAGACAAUCAGGGAUUUUUAAAUCACGGCACAGUUUUUGAUCUCCAUCAAUACACUUCAGUGUUUUAUUUGUGACUUCUGUGUUUGAGAUCCUUUCUUUGGAGUGACACAAACUUACCCGCGAGGCAGACGUCAAACAGCAGCUUCUGUGUUCCCACAAGCUGAAACCGCUGGGUUUUCUCUGUGGAAGAGUGAGCAGUUUCCAACAUAUAUAU